ACAUCAGUUACAAACGCACGCAGUUGUCUGCUGACGUGCGUAGUAAACACCCAAUAAUAAAAUGAAUACACAAAAGCGUGAUACCAUUCUACACGACAUGAAUUCGUGACAUAAUUACACGUAUUUUUCAUCCCAAAAUAUUAAUAAUAUUGUAUAAUAAAUAAAAUCGUUUACCAGCGAUUUUCCGCGCUCACAACAUGAACAUACUUUUCCGGAAGAAUUUCCAGGCGGAAGGCUCCUCCAAGGAGAGAAGCUAUUCCAGUGGCCUGGGCAGGAGGACGACUAGUGGCAACACCAAUGCACUGGGAACCGUACGGAGAACCAGAGAAUCCAGGUGUUCAAUGAUGAUCGACUCGGAUCAUACUUGCCCGUUUAGGACCCACAUACUCCUGGGUCAUGCAAACUUCCCACAGGAGUUCGAGGACUUCGUCGGACCACCUUUACUAGCGCAACCAAAACCCACCUCAGCUGUCCCGCUCAUACGAUGGAUCCGAAGGAAACAGUCCACGGGGAAGGCUGAGACAAUCGUCACCAACACGCCUCAAUUCGCAAAUGGCACGGGGACCAGUGCGAGCGCGACCUGCAGUUCGGUCAACAACAAUCCAAUUGACAAGAAUUGCAGAGGUCGCCAUGGUUCGUAUUCUACAUUAAACAAUCCUACUGGUCCAAACGGUCAUAGUACUCUCCAUGUUAGAAAAGUCGAUUCGGCGAGUAUUGCCAAUUUGGAUAAAGAUUGUUUUAUUAUACCAAUCGCUUAUUUAGACCGAUUUCUACCCGACGGAGUCAACCUCCCUACGACUCCGAGUCCAAAUAAAACCAAUGCUCUAAAUAUGGUCGAAGUAGACGACCCAAAAACUUGCCUUAUGUUUCACAUGAUGACCACGUUGGAACCGAUCGAUCCUGUUUUAGAAUCUCCUUUGUCGGAUCCAAUGGCCAGACAAACAGCAGCUGCGUGUUCACUACUUACAGAAAUAGCAGCCACCAAAGUAGCUUCGGAGGGCAUGUUACUGGCAAAUUUAGAAAAAGACGCCGUGUUCCCGUUCAUUACGUAUUAUGUGCUGAAUAAGUCUUCGGUGGCCAAUCCCCGAGAGGUGGCGGUGAACGUUCGAAAUACGACUCUGAAAAAAUUCGACCCCCGAGUCAUCAAGCACACCACCGAUCACACGUUCGACUUAUUCACCGAAGUGGCCAAUAUCGUGUGCCCGCCAAUGAGUCAAUCAAAAAGGCCUAGAGGUACGCAUACAGCUUACAUCAUAUCCGUGUACAAGGUAUUCGACGGCGACGACAGUGAAAAGUUCGAGAAACACUGGCUUUAUUGGACAGGUGCACGCAUGAUCUACAACUAUCUACCGAAAUCCGCCGGUCUAAGAAGAAUAACGUUACACAAAUCGCAAUCGAACGGCGACAAGCAGUACGUGCUGAUGUGCGAAUGCGCCAAUUUGCUACAAGACUUCACGUCCGUCGCCAAGUUACUGCCGGCGCUCAAGGCUAGACUGUGCGGUUGCACUGGAGUGUACCGAUCUAUAUUUAUCAUUUAAUUUUAAUAAUUAAAUAUAAAUGUAUUAUAACACGCAAUUACCGCAAUACAGGUAUCUAUGGCGUAUUUAUCCACAAAUAAUGUUGCGGUAAUAACGUAAGCAUAAUAGAAAAGACGACCGCUGUGUAACGUAUAUAAAUCAUAUUUUCUAAUAUAAGUACUCCAAAAUGUAUACGAUAUAUACCUAUACUUACGAUACCUCUUCAAUGUAAUGAUAUAUAAAUUAUAAGUAUUGUUUUACUUAUACGACACGCAUGUACAAAUUAAACGACUAUUGU